UCAAAAUCGGGAAGAAGAUAAGGCGCGCUCGAUUCACUCGCGGCUCCAACGUCACCGUCUCAGCGAUCGCGAUGCCGAAUCCUUCUCGAUUCAGCGUCGCAGGAUGAAAGGAGGCUGAGAGCAUCGAGCGGUGGUUAAUGGCGUCCUCAUCUUCAACCUUCCUCUUGCUCCACUUCCCCCGGUCUCCCUCCUCUCUUCUUCUUCCUUCAUCUUUUAAUGGCCUUCAGCUGCCCUUUUCCCCUCUUCGAGGCGUCCGAAGGGGCCUCGCUUUGUGUGGGAAAGCCCCGAGGUCGCUGGCGGAGGAGAAGAAGGGGGUUGUCGAUGACGGCGCUCUGGUUCAGGACGACCCAGUCGAAGCGGAAGCUGCGCUGGCGCGAGUGAUGUGAAUCGCUCGGCGCAGCGGGCGGCGGUUUCUUCCGACCCGAUUUCGCUCGGCAUCAAGGAGCCUGUCUAUGAGGUGAUAGAAGUGACUCCAGAUGGGUUGUUGUCCACCAAAAAGAUUAACCGGCGGCAAUUGUUAAAAUCGAGCGGUCUUCGCCUUCGUGAUAUCAGAAGCGUCGAUCCAUCAUUAUGGUUGACAAAUUCAGCACCCUCUUUGCUGGUGCGAGACCAAGCUAUAUUGCUAAAUUUUGGUUCGUUGAGAGCAAUUGUCAUGCGUGAACGUGUUUUCAUUUUUGACUAUAAUCGGAGAGGAGCAAAGGCCUUUCUCAGAUUACUGUUACCUCGCUUAAAUCCGAAAAACAUCAAUGGUGGACCAACCAUGCCUUUUGAGCUUGAGGUUGUAGAGGCAGCAUUACUUUCUCGGAUACAACGCUAUGAGCAAAGGUUAAUGGAUUUAGAACCUCGUGUUACUGCAUUAUUGGAAGUUCUGCCUAACCGCUUGACAGCUGAUGUGUUGGAGCAGCUCCGUCUCAGCAAACAGACCCUUGUUGAAUUGGGUUCGCGAGCAGGGGCACUCAAACAGAUGCUUCUUGAUCUUCUAGAGGAUCCCCAUGAAAUUCGUCGCAUAUGUGUGAUGGGAAGAAACUGUACAUUAAGGAAAGGAACGGAUGACAUGGAAUGCUCCCUUCCUAUAGAAAAGGAAAUUGCUGAAGGAGAAGAGGAAGAGAUUGAAAUGCUUUUGGAGAACUAUCUACAAAGAUGUGAAUCUUGUCAUGGUCAAGCAGAAAGGCUCCUUGAUUCAGCGAAAGAAAUGGAAGACUCAAUUGCUGUGAAUUUAAGCUCUCGCCGUCUUGAGGUAAGCAGAGUGGAGCUACUACUUCAAGUUGGGACAUUUUGUGUGGCUGUCGGUGCUUUGGUAGCAGGAAUUUUCGGGAUGAACUUGAAAUCUUACCUUGAAGAACAAGUGUUUGCAUUUAUAAGAGAUGCACAUUACGAAGUUAAUGAUUUCAUUAACAGCAGUGAAUUACAAAUUGUAGAGACCAACGAACAGCUGAGUCCAGGUUAG